GAUGGAGUAUGAGGACGGCAAUGUGUGCAGACCAUGGAUUCCCUCUUGAGCAGCACCGCUCGGGCAGCUCGUCGUCCAUGACGCUCGCCUCGAAUGGCUUCAUGCCGCCCCAGCAACACGCUGCGGCGUGGCCACCCGCGUCCGGCAUGUACUAUGCUGCCAUGCAGCCCCCCGUGUACUAAGCAUCGGGAUUGUCAAUCUCUCCCUCUCUUUCCAUCGACAGCAGAACCCCCCUGAAGCUUCGGAGGCUGGCUUCACCAAGCUAUGGGCGGGCGGGUCUUUCUGCUCUCAUUCUUCACGUACACGACGACACUUGCCCUGCAUUCUUUUCUUCAUCGAUAUCCUCUUAUCCCCUCUACACUCUUUAUUUCAAAGUAAUCAAGAAGGCAUGACGUGCCCUCUCAGCAAGUGUCUAUGAUUUCGACACGUUUCAUCACGAUAUAUGGUAUCGUUGUACAUAGAAUUUGGUCUCAUUUUGGUCACCCGGGCGCGAACGGUACCCGCUGGUCCUGCCAUGUUGUUCUUCCUGCAUGAUGGUUUUUAUUCCCCACUCUUGGGUUUCGGAGGCAUGGCUUUUUCUUUUUUCACGUUGGAUCUUGUCCUUUCAUGUUCAUUGCAAUUUUGGUUGGUUUGGGAAGCGGGACAGCAUCAUGCUACGAGGCGCGGUUUGUUUGGGCAACUUGGACUUCUCUUGGAAAUGGCGAUCAAACAAACAGCAGCAGCAGGAGGAGAUGAUGCAUCAUGUUGCAUCGCGUCUCUCUAUUUUUACUCUACUUGGCAUAGACAAAAAUGAAUACCACAGCAGUAACACUUCA